GCAUCGGCGACGCGUCUUCAACGUAGCCAGAGCCCCCCUCGUACACUUCUCAUCCAUACCCCACUGCCCACUUGCCACGAUGGAGACUCAGGAAUGGGAUCAAGUCUUCCAGUUUGUCGCCGACCCUCUUGACGCCUCCGCGUCUGUUCCUGAGAAGCCCAUCUCGGAAAUGGCUUCCGUUAACGCCUCCCACCCCCCUUCUCAGGUGCCUACCCCGCCGGCCUCGAAUCAGGGCUCGCCUGGUGAGGUCAACGCGGAGAUAAAUGCCGUUGUCUCCGUCUCGACGACAUUCUUCCCCGCCGCCAACCUUAACCCUCUUCCACCCGACCUCAUCCUCCUUUCCUCGGACGCCGUAUUCUUUUACGUCCACUCACACCAGGUCCUCAGCGCCUCUGAGAAUGGCUUCCGCGGGCUCCUGCCCAUGAAGCCGACGAAGGGACCGCACCCCGCACUCAAGGUCCUCGGUCUUUCUGAGGACCUCGGGCCGAUCAUCCCUCUCCCCGAGCACGCGACCAUCCUCAACAUCAUGCUCCACUGCAUCUACAGCCUUUCGUGCGCGCACUACUCCCCCUCGCUCGACACGCUCUCCGCUGCGGUGGACGGGCUUGCCCAGUACGGUAUACCCGUGGCGCGUCAUUGUGCGCCGACCACGCCGCUAUAUGCGCUGAUCCUCGCGUACGCACCGAUCGCGCCGAUCGACGUCUACGCGCUCGCGGGGCAUUACGAUCUGUUCGAACUGGCUGUGCCAGCUUCUGCGCACUUGCUGGGCUUCCAGUUGGCGAACCUAUCGGAUGAGCACGCCGCGCGGAUGGGCCCGCUGUACCUAAGGCGGUUCUUCUUCUUGCACCUGGGGCGCAUUGACGCGCUCAAGCGUCUCUUGCUGCCGCCUCCGCACCCGCAUGCGCCGACGGCGGGCUGCGACUUCACGGAGCAGAAGAAACUGACGCGCGCAUGGGCGUUGGCCUCGGCCUAUCUGGCAUGGGAUGCUCGACCGGAUUUGUCGACGAGCACAAUGGAGUCGGCGUUGUGCCCGCUGGGAGAGCAUCUCUCGUGCGAGGUGUGCAAGAAGAACUUGGCGGAGCGCAUCAAGCAGCUUGUCGUGCAGUGGUCGAUCGUGAAGAGGACGAUAUAGUGACGUCAUGUGCGCGCACAACGAGGCGGCCUGCAAUUGCCCCCGCGUGCUGCCACCGAGCCGCCCUUUUCGGUCGCUGUUCGAUC